AGGCUUCAUGAUGUCGUGGAGGUGGUCGAAAAAGAUCCUGCUCACAUUCUUCCUGUUGGGUGUGUUACUCGCAGGUAGAGGAGGAGCCUCAGAGGAUGACGAGGAGGUCACCAUCACAGAGGAAGUUGUUGAGGAAGCAGAGGAAACUGAAGAUGUUGUUUACAGUACACCAAGGCAGAUUGAAAAUGCUUAUGUCAUGGAAACAUUUGAUGAUUUAAUAGCUUUUGAGAAGAAGUGGAUCAAGUCACAGGCAAAGAAGGAAGGAGUGGAUGAAGACAUUGCAAAGUACAAUGGUGUGUGGGUACUCGAGGAGGCCGAGAAGAUGCCCCUGACAGGUGACCGGGGACUAGUGUUAAAGUCCAAGGCCAAGCACGCAGCCAUCUCUGUCCCUUUGAGGAAGCCUUUCGCCUUCUUGGACAAGCCUCUGGUGGUGCAGUAUGAGGUCAACCUUCAAAAUGGCCAGGAGUGUGGUGGAGCAUACAUCAAGCUCCUGACUGCAAAAGAUGGAGGAACAGACCUCAAGAACUUCAAUGACAAGACUCCAUACACUAUAAUGUUUGGGCCUGACAAGUGUGGCAAUGAUUUCAAGUUGCACUUCAUCUUUAGGCAUGUCAAUCCUCUCAAUGGGGAGAUUGAGGAAAAGCACGCCAAAGCCAGUCGUCCCCGUGAGAAGGUUGAGGAGCCAUUCAAGGAUAAGAAACCGCAUCUCUACACACUGGUUAUUCGACCUGACAACACUUACGACAUAUCCAUUGAUCAGGAGGUGAUCAACACAGGAAGUCUCUUGGAAGAUUUCACCCCCCCAGUCAAUCCACCCAAGGAAAUUGAUGAUCCUGAUGACUUCAUGCCCAAAGACUGGGAUGAGAGGGAGAAGAUACCUGACCCUGAUGCCACAAAGCCUGAUGACUGGGAUGAGGAUGCUCCCAUGCAGAUCCAAGACCCUGACGCAGUAAAGCCAGCAGGCUGGCUGGACGAUGAGCCAGAGAUGGUGCCAGAUCCAACAGCCGAGAAACCUGAAGACUGGGAUGAUGAAAUGGAUGGUGAAUGGGAGGCAGCCUUGAUCAACAACCCCAAGUGUGCUGAUGCUCCAGGGUGUGGGGAGUGGAAGCCAUCCAUGAUAGACAAUCCCAACUAUAAGGGGAAGUGGCGGCCACCCAUGAUUGACAACCCCAACUACCGGGGCAAGUGGAAACCUCGCACCAUCCCCAACCCUGAAUAUUUUGAGGACCUGGAGCCCUUCAAAAUGAGACCCAUUGGAGCUGUUGGCAUCGAGCUGUGGUCCAUGUCUGACAACAUCCUUUUUGAUAACCUUAUUGUGACUGACAAUACGGCUGAGGCUGACCAGCUGGCUGCAGACACUUAUGACUUGAAGAUAAUGAAGUUGGAAAAGGGCCAGGUUGGUGUGUUCCGGCGCAUCAUCAAAUACUCAAAUAAGAAUCCCUGGCUCUACGGUAUCUACGUGCUGCUUGUGGCCAUCCCUGUAGUGUUGAUCUUUACCUUCUGCUGUGCUGAAGUAAAGGACUCCAAGGAUGCUAAACGAAAGAAGACUGAUGAACCAACUGAAGAUGAUCCCCAUGCUGAAGAAGAAGAAGAAGGAGAUGCAGCGGCAGGCAAGGCAGAGGAGGAACCCAUGGUGGAUGCUGCUGCUGCAAGUGAAGAGUCACCAGACAAUGCAGAGAGUGAUUCAGCUAAAGAUGGCAAAGAUGAGGAGGAGAAAGAUGAAGAAGACACAGAAGCCAAGAGUGAUAAAGAGGAGAGUCAACAACGCACUUCUCCAAGGCUUCGCAAGUCCCGAAGAGAGUAAAUGAAUCAAUGAAACUGGAUUUGUUGUCAAGGACUUCAAGAUUUUGAACUGGUUUGAGUGUGAUGAGUAAGGAGUAUUUGAUUGGAUUUUUAUAUGAGGC